AUGUUUCUUUUUUUGUUGGUUAUGGUUAGAAAUUUCCAUGUGUUAAAUGAAGAUGAAAGUAGUUUUGAUACUGACCGCUGAUAAAACUACAAAGUGAUCGGAAGUCGUCGUGAAAAAACCGAUCAAUCUGAUUUGUGCAAUCGUAAAGCUUCGUUGACAUCGUAUCACAUAUCAGUAAUUUUCGUGUGAUUUUCACAGAUUGUUCGGUCAGCGGAGCAGCGCCAGGAAAUCACACUCAAUACGGCUUACAUGACAUAAAAACUAGAACGUGUCGUCUUGCGCGCCUAGUUCGAAACCGAAGUGAUAUUGCCUUGAAAAUCCUGAAAAAAUAUUCCAUACUCUACCUCUAGCACAUGAAGUGAGUGAAAAUGUCGUUUGAGGCGAGGAUUUUGGAUUCCUUAAGACCCAUAUUCCCGCAGCUAAAUGACCGUGUUUUAACGGAAUGCAUAAGGAAUGUUCAAGAAACCGUUGGAAGUGAUCCUGCCACUAUAUUACCCGGAUGCAUUGACAUGCUCUUGAGUAGAACUAUUAAUGAAGAAAAUUUAACGGCAAACAGAUCAGUUGUGCCUGUGACAAAACCUACAAACGAAAAAGCAAACUCGUUUGUUAUAGAAGAAGACGAUGAUGUAGUGUUUGUCUCGAAAACGAGCCGUGUUCAGAUAGCGGCUGCAACCAGAAUUGCACCAAUGAUCAUUGAUGACGUGGAGAUUACGGCAUACCACUCUUCGUCCACCCCGAGAGGCGCAUCUAAUCCACCUCCGCUAAAUGCUGGUUGUAACACAAGGGACCUGAGCCGAAAUCUUUCGUUCGAAGGAGAGACACAAUUUCCUCGUGCGCCAUUUUCGAAUAUGCCGUCAGCGAAUCUUCAAGAUUCUAAUCGACAUGUUCAGGUUACACACGCUCAACAUCCUCUAGAUCCCACAGAAGGAGCUAUGGAAAACCUUCACGCUCUAUUCCCCGAUGUAAGAGAUGAUUAUCUUCAAAGCUUGCUUGACAGGUGGUCACAUCUCCCUCGAGAUGUGGCCAUCAAUCAUGCUUGCAAUGAGUUAAUUGAGAAACGUGAUUAUCCUAAGAAAGCAUCUAAAUUAACUAAUCCUCUGGGAACCAAUACUUCUGGAAAUGUCUGUGUAGAGAAAGACUUCUUCAAAGACUUUUCAGGUCCAGUGUCAUUGCAAUACCAAAAUCAGUGCUUAGUUUUACUUCAAAAUGAAUUCAGAAUGAUUCCCAAGGGGCAUAUUAAGAAAGCUUUGCAAAUAUUUCGAUAUCACUAUGCCCCGAGUAGAAGAUAUCUGCAGGAACAACUUCGCAUUUCUACACAAAGGGAUGCAACUGCCACAGUGACAGCUGCACCCUCUUGUCAACUCACAAGUAAGGUGCCAUUAGCCACUGUUGAUGAGACUCCCUAUGCACUUAGCCAGCGACCACCUCAAAUUCAACUUCUUAGGUGUGGACGCUCUCCAGUACAGUCGAAUUACUCACCAUUUAACAUGGAUGAGGAACUUUUAAGGGAGAUGGAGUAUGUGAAAAAGUGGGAUCUUUCUAGAACUGCAGAGAAGGAUCGAUUAUUUGCCUUAAGCUUAAAUGACCAGCAGUAUGAAGAAGAAGGCCAGAAAAUUGAAUGUGGCUGUUGCUAUGGAGAUGCAGCUUUUGAAGACAUGGUUCAGUGCCUGGAUGGUCAUCUUUUCUGUGCAAGUUGUCUGAUGAACUAUGCAAAGGAGGCUACUUUUGGCCAAGGUAAGACAACUCUUGUGUGCAUGAGUGAUGGUUGUGAAGGCACAUUUCCCAUGAGUCAACUGAAGAAGGCCUUGCCGGCCAAAAUCCUGGAGAAAUAUGAAGAUCGUGUGCAAGAGGAAUCCCUUACAUUGGCCCAAAUGGACGAUUUCGUGCAGUGCCCCUAUUGUGAUUUUGCAGCAAUUUUGCCACAGGAAGAGAAAGUUUUUAAAUGCCAGAAUCCUUCUUGUGCCAAAGAAACCUGUCGGUACUGCAAAGAGGAAUGGUCUGAUCAUUUUGGCUUAAAGUGUACUGAGGUUGAAAAAUCAGCACAGAAGGAUGUGAGACUUUCAUAUGAAGAAAGAAUGACAAUGGCAAAGAUAAGAAAAUGCCCAAAGUGUGGGUGCGAGUUCACCAAAUCAGAUGGGUGCAACAAAAUGACAUGUCGGUGUGGAGCCACAAUGUGCUAUGUCUGCCGUAAGCCAAGUAUUCAUUAUAACCACUUUUGUCAGCAUCCAAAGGAUCCUGGAAAGCCGUGCACAAAAUGCAAAAGUUGUUCGCUGUGGAGUGAUCCUUCCGAAGAUGAUAACCGUGCAGUGAAGGAACUCGAGAAGGAAGCCCAAGAAGCAAAGAGGAAGUUUGAGGCAGAAUCAGAGGACAUCCCAGCUAAAAGGGUGAAGAAUGUAUGA